AUGUUUUCCUAUUACAUCGCCGCAUCCUUCAUUGCCAAGGAUCACCCGUUCCACCCCACCACGCACGUCUACCACUUCGACCCCAACGUGAAGAGAGAGAUCAACCCGUCUCGAUCGAGAGCCGCCAACCGAGCAGGCCGCCCAGAAUCAGGUCACGAUGCCUUCUUCGUAAGCCAAGUAAACGGUACCGGCUCCGUCGCUUUUGGGGUGGCCGACGGCGUCGGCGGCUGGGUUGAUUCCGGUGUCGACCCUGCCGACUUUUCCCACGGGUUAUGCAACUACAUGGCCGAAGCAGCCCAGACACACGAGGACGACGAGCCAGGCCGCCAGUUGACGGCGCGCAAUCUUCUGCAGACUGGGUACGACGCAGUAUGUCGAGAUACGUCGGUCCGCGCUGGUGGUAGCACGGCCUGUGUCGCCGUCGCGCGGCCUGAUGGCACAGUCGACAUUGCCAACCUGGGCGACUCGGGUUUCAUCCACCUGCGGCUCAAUGCUGUGCAUGGAGUUUCGGAGCCCCAGACGCACGCAUUCAACACUCCAUUCCAGCUAAGCCUGAUUCCACCCCGGAUGGCCGAGCGCAUGUCCACCUACGGCGGCAUGCAGCUCUGCGACCUGCCCCGCGACGCCGACGUUUCCGAGCACGACCUCCGCCAUGGCGAUAUCCUCUUGUUUGCGACGGACGGGGUGCUGGACAACCUGUUCAACCAGGAUAUCCUCCGUGUGGCAUCCCGUGUCAUGGUGGGCGCCGGUGCGUGGGAGAUGACGGAGAACAAGGGUGUCCGCGUAAGCGACAAGCUGUUUGAUCUGUGCGAGUUACAGAGCGCCGGGGGCGAUGGAACCAGCCGUGUCUCGCUGCAGAGCGUGCUGGUCACACAGUUGGUCGCAGCAGCCAAGCGGGCGAGCAUCAACACCCGUCUGGACGGGCCCUUUGCGAAGGAGGUGCAGCGAUAUUACCCCGACGAGAAUUGGCGAGGCGGUAAGGUAGACGAUAUCUGUGUCGUCGCGGCUGUGGUAUGCCAGGACGACAUUAAGCCAGAGAAGAGCAAGUUAUAG